AUGGAGGCACUGUUGGGUUUAAAUGGAGCUGGUGGAAUAGGAGGGGGCUGUUGUUGCCAAUGUGAACAUUGCCGAUGUAGACAACCGGACGAGACCCCAUGUCCUUGUUGUCGACCUGUGAACCCGACGCCGACUUUUGAGUCUUCAGCCUCAGUUCAGACAUCAAAACCGGCAGAUGUGUCCGGUGCACUGGAAUUACUUAAUGUGGCGUUGAAGAAGAUUCGACGGCGAGAGAAUUUGAACAACUCGAGAACGGAAAAUUUCUUCCACCCAGGAGAAAUUCUUUGGGGUAGUGGAGUGCCCAGUGGUCGAAUGGGUCAUGCACAUGGCUAUGCUGGUUCAAGCUCCACUUCUUUAUUUUAA